AUGCUGCCGAAUAAUGAAGUUCGCGUUCCCCCUCCGCGGUGGGUUGCGCCGUCCGCACCCCGCGACAUUACCGAUGAAUUUACAAAAGCCGCUUCCACGCUAAAUGCAGGGCAGCUCGUGAAAGAUGAGACGUUCACCCUGUUCGAGGCCGUGGGCGCAUUGGAGAUUAUGGACUCGAAGAUGGAUAGCGGCUACAUAGCCCCCGGAGAAAAUCUUGCGCAGGCGCUGGAAGACGACUACGACGUACGGCGGCCGUUGACACCAGAGGAAGUCAUUGGUUUGAUGGACCAGUUGCUGUGCCACGAGGUGGCGUGGCAUAAGGGACAUCCUCUAUCGCAGACGCUAUUCACGUCAAUCUAUCUCGAUAAAUUAUUGUGGCCGGUGCCGAGGACCAUGGACGACGCUCGAUUUGACCGUGUACCAAGUGAUUCUCCUUUGGUCAACCUCGUCUUGAGAGCUUAUUGUCUUGCAUUGGUCAAAGCUUGUGAUUUUGUGCAUCUCCGAGUGGCCACUGAAUAUUAUUAUGAGGAAGAAGAUUUUGUCAGUCAACUAUACAACCGCAAUCUUUUAUCUGCAUUUGAUAUAUCCCACUUCCACCGUCUGCUGGACCAGGCGGUUGCUUGGGUUGCGGAGCAGACCGAUAUUGACCAAAAGCUCAAAGAUGCCAUCCAAUGCAGACUAGUGUUUCGGCAUGAGUUUUUGUCUGCCCUACAUCAGGACGUUGAAGUUCUUGAAACCAGAUCUGCGGAAAAUUUCUCCUCAUGUAUAGCUCAACUUCAACCUCUGACAGAGACAGUCGCGCUGGGAAAGCCGGUGCCAGAUGCCUUCAGUUUGAAGAUCCAACGGAAGCUUGCUAGCACAGUGCCGCCUCGUCCGAUGGUUAAUAUUACCUCUGAUGAUGCGCUCGCACAUCUGAAACGACUGUGCCAAGAUGCGAUAGACAUGCAGCAGAUGCUUGAUUACACCGGUCCCAGCAAUUUCAAGACUGCUGUAUGGACUUUGCUUUCUCGAAAACCACAACCGUCAAUUUAUAUUCGUUGUCUUCUCCAAGCAUUGAUUGUCAGCAACAUGACGAUCCUCGGUGCCGUACCAGUGAAGGAGUUUUUACAUGAUGAACUUGCGGAACUCGUCUUGCCUGCCAAUAUAUUGCUGGAGGCCAACACCGAUGAAGUGGAAGUCCCCUCCGAUCCUCGGUUCCAGAUUGCCCAGAAGAUGGAUGGUUUCAUGAAGCGAUUUGCCCAGCCGUUUGUUGAUACUGUGCGAUGCGCCUGUCUCAAUAGGUGUCGCAUGCGCCGAACACUCUGCCAUACCCUCGUUGAUUGGGACAAUCUGCAGAUGGAGGCAGAAGAAAUUGAUCUCGAGCUCCGCAUUUUAAGUGCAGAACCGCCUCUGCAAUUCCAAGGCGGCGAACCGACCUGGUCCUUCCCACUUAGUAGCUGGGCCUAUCACCAGAAGCUUGUCCAGUUCCGACUCAUUCUCCAGAUGGGCUUUGAGCUGUCGAUAUACUCCCCGGAAGAGUUACCGGGCAUGUACUGGUAUUUGUCUCAUAUUUGUUCUACACAUCUCAGCCACAUUGAUCGCAUUCGCACGUUUACUGUAGCUGCACGAAAACGCGACUUGAUGUCUACUGGCGAGCGCUCUGGAAGCUCCUCUCAAAAGGCAUCCGCGUUCCACCGAUCAUUCCACGUUCUGGAGAGGUUAACCACGCACAUCAUUGCGGUGGAUGCCUUUGCGAUUGCACUACAUGCUUUGUAUGUUGUACUGGCCCGGAACAACGUGCUCCCGUCUGCCUCAUCCCCCCAGGCAUAUUCCACCGACCGACUCCGCUACGAAAUCCGCAUGAAGCCAUUUAUCCCUAUCACAUUGCCGGAGUUGGUUCCAUACGAGGAAUACAAACGUGAGGCAGCUCUCGAAGGUGAUUCCGACGCUACCAUUUUGGAGCGUGCGUCGAAGGCCAUUACUGAAGCGCGCAAAGCAUGGGAGGCGACUCUUGCCAAUGGGGCAUUCAUUGAUGACCCAUCCGCACCAACCCUACCGCCACCUUCGGCCAUUGAAGAGGAUUGGAAGCGCGACGCCAAGAACACCAUGCGUGCUUGUAUUGGAACCAGUCUUGCUGUCGAGGCAGUCAAAAAGGCUCUCUCUACGACAUCUUCUUCUGAAGACAAAGACCAACCUCUCAACUUGGAGGUGGUUGUUCCUGAGGUUGGAUCUAAGUCUCGUUGGCAUGACUGGUGGGUGGUACCGCAGGUGUCUGAGAAGAAGCCCAAGGCGUGA